CUUCUAUAAUCCUCUCAGAACCUAUUCUGAUUAUAACCAGGCAAGGAAAUGCAGAAGAUUAUGACUAAGAGAUGGGAAGGUCAGGGUCUCAUGACCUUGCAGAAGGGACCCCAAGUCUACUUUGAAUCAUAUUGGUAACAUGGCUUGAGGGCAGUAAAAAAAAAUAUACAAUUACUAGACUUGAUGAUCUAUGUAUUGUUACAACUUAAAAGUCAAAUGAAAAUUGAGAGGGAAAUAUCAUAGGAAUGUUAUUCUAUAGGAGGCUUACAGGUGAGAGUAAAGUCCACAAAGGAAUUUCUGGACAGAAACCAUGUAUGAGGGAUGCCUGGGUGGCUCAGCGGUUGAGCAUCUGUCUGCCUUUGGCUCGGGUUGUGAUCCUGGAGUCCCUGGAUGGAGUCCUGCAUCAGGCUCCCUGCAUGGAGCCUGCUUCUCCCUCUGCCUAUGUCUCUGCCUCUCUCUCUCUAUAUUUCAUGAAUGAAUAAAUAAAAUCUUAAAAAAAAAAGAAACCAUGUAUGAUUAUUGCCUCCCCCAACCAUAGUGUGUUAUUGGAAUGGAUAUGAUGUCAUAUAAAUCUACCUAGUCCUUUUUCUUUUAAGUAAGCUCUAUGCCCAAUAUGGGGCUUGAACUCAGGACCCCAAAUUCAAGAGUCACAUUCUCUACAGACUGAGCCAGCCAGGUUUCCCAAGUUAAGGACCUUCUAUUUUUUUUUUAAUCAAAAUUUUUAGGGGGGAUGCCUGGAUGGCUCAGCAGUUGAGCCUUUGGCUCAGGGUGUGAUCCCAGAGACCCAGGAUCGAGUCUCACUUCUGGCUUCCUACAUGGAGCCUGCUUCUCUCCCUCUGCCUGUGUCUCUGCCUCUCUCUGUGUCUCCCAAGAAUAAAUGAAUAAAAUCUUUAAAAAAAAAUUUUUUUAGGGACACCUGGGUGGCUAAGCGGUUGAGUGCCUGCCUUAGAUCCAGGGCAUGAUCCUUGGGUCCCAGGAUCAAGUCCCAUAUCGGGCUCCCUGCAUGGAGCUCACUUCUCCCUCUGCCUGUGUUGUCUCUGCCUCUCUCUCUCUCUCUGUCUCUCAUGAGUGAAUAAAUAAAAUCUUAAUUUUUUUUUCUCCUCCCCAUUCCCUUGGUGGAAUUUACUAAUCAGUGACUAUAGGAUGUCAAUUAAAAUUGAUAGUGGGACAUAAUUCCCCUAUCCCACAAUUGGGUUAUUAUCAGUCUAGAAGUUUGUUUCCCAAGAGUGAGGCAUCUCUUCAAUAUUUUAACGCUAAUUACUCUUUAUUUCAUUUCAUUUACUCAUUUGCAAAAUGAAAGCAGGUAUUAUUGACUUAAUCCAGAAUUGAAUCAUCAUUUUGGAAAUUUUGGGAGAAAAAAGUUCUUUUUCUCCCUACUGUGUAAAAUGUGGCUUGUAAAACAAUAUUAGAAAAGAUAUAAAAUUUUACGUUUGGCAUUCUGGAUAGUUUUCCCACACGUCUUUACCUUUGCAGGCCACACUAACAAAUUCCAAAUUAUAAGUCAUGCUUGAAUAUUAUUUUUAUGAAAGAUGAUGUCAAUAUUGGGUAAGGGGAAAUGGACUUAAAAUAAUGUUUCAACCAAAGACUAAGUGUAUAUUUGAGAAAUUCAGUGACAUUUCCAAAGUUAUGCAUUUUUCUAAUGUUUGUGAGAAAAACAUUUCAUAAUUUAUGAUCUCUUUCCUCUAAGAAUUUCUUGUUAGAAACACUGCUAAAAACAUGCUAAGAUUAUUACCAUCCAUAUUUUACAUUCUAUAUAAUAUAGCUUUCAUUUCAUUUUCUAUUAAAUUUUUUUAGAUUUAUUUAUUCAUGAGAGACAGAGAGAGGCAGAGACAUAGGCAGAGGGAGAAGCAGAUUCCCUGCCAGGAGCCUGAUGCGGGACUGGAUCCCAGGACUCCAGGAUCAUGCCCUGAGCCAAAGGCAGACGCUCAACCACUGAGCCACCCAGGCAUCCAUUUUUUCCAUUAAUUUUUAAUUUCAGUGAACGCAAAUAUUCAAAAACGGUUUUGUUCCAUCUGGUUUGGUUCAUGCUUAGUAAUAUUUUACUUAUAAAACUUCGAAAACACGGGGGCCUGGGUGGCUCAGUUGGUUGGGCAUCUGCUUUGGGCUCAGGUUAUGAUCCGAGAGCCCUGGUAUAGAGCCCCUGAUCAGCGGUGAGCCUGCUUCUCCCUCUCCUUCCCACUUGUGCUCUCUUUCACUACCUCUCUCAAAUAAAUUUAAAAAUAAAUAAAAUAUUUAAAACUUUGAAAACACUGCAAUAUUUUUAUCUUAAAGAGAUUUUUUUUAAAGAUUUUAUUUAUUUAUUCAUGAGAGAGACAGAGACACAGGCAGAGGGAGAGGCAGGCUCCAUGCAAGGAGCCCAAUGCGGGACUUGAUCCCAGGUCUCCAGGAUCACGCCCUGGGCGGAAGGCAGGCACUAAACCGCUGAGCCACCCAGGGAUCCCUCUUAAAGAGAUUUAUUAAAGAGAGAGCGAGUGGGAAGGGAGGGACAGAGUGAGAGGGAAAAAGAGAAUCCCAAGGAGACUCUGCUGAGCCCAGAGCCCAAUAUAGAACUCGAUCCCACGACCUCCAGAUCAUGACCUGAGCCUAAAACCAGAGUUGAACUCUCAAAUGACUGAGCCACCCAGAUACCCAAGUUGUUUCCUGCUGUUCAUCCAGUACCCCGGAAGGCUGGUAUUCAUCAUUCAUUUAGACAAUAUGAGGAAUAAUAUUUUUUGAAUAUUGAAAAACAAUUAAAAAUACAGAAAAUAAGACUUUACAUAAUACCAUUAAAUGAAAGGCUAAGUAAAUACUUAAACUUCCUGUCUUAGAAAAAGUAUUGUGGUAAAGAGAACUUUCAAAAUUAGUGAUGGAAGGAUACAUUUUUGAAAGGUUCUGGAAGAGAUAUAAAAAUAUAUUAAUAUUAUUAAAGUGGGAAGAAUAACAAGGACUGUGAAUACAUCACACAGACAGCAUUUACUUAUGUGGAUAUUUUACAGCAAAUCUCAAAUAUACAAUUUUAUUCAAUUAGGGUUUUGUUUUUGUUUUUUGAGAGAGAGACAGAGCAUGGGGUCACACAAGUGGAGGGAUUGGGGCAAAGGGAGAGGAAGAAUCUUAAACAGACUCCAUGCUCUAUGCAGAGACUGCUGUGGGGAUAAAUCUCACAACACUGGGAUCACGACUUCAGCUGAAAUCAAAAGUCAGAUGCUUAACUGACUGAGCUACCCAGGCGCCCCAGAUAUGUAUUUUUUUUUAGAGGUAAAAAGUUUAUUUCAUAAAACAAGUAUUUUUAUUGUACCAAGAAUAAUAUAAAAUUAUUAUCAAGUGUCUACAUUAUUUUUUGCCUCCACACAGGUAUUGCUCAGUGUUUUUAAGAAUGAAGAAAAUUAAAAAAAAAAAAAAGAAAAUUUGGGGAUCCCUGGGUGGCUCAGCGGUUUAUCACCUGCCUUCGGCCCAGGAUGUGAUCCUGGAGUCCCAGAUCCAGUCUCGGAUCGCGCUUCCUGCAUGGAACCUGCUUCUCCCUCUGCCUGUGUCUCUGCCUCUCUGUCUGUGCUUCUCAUGAAUAAAUAAAUAAAAUCUUAAAAAAAAAUAAUGAAGAAAAUUUUGGGUCCCUGGAUGGCUAAAUCGGUUAAGCAACUCCCUUCGCCUCAGGUCAUAAUCCCGGAGUCCUGGGAUUGAGCCCAGUGUUGGGUUCCUUGUUCAGUGGGGAGUUUGCCUCUCCAUUUCCCUCUGCCCCUCACCUCACCCAGGCUUGGUCUCUCACUCUCUCUCUCUCAAAUAAAUAAAAAUCUUUUUUUAAAAAAAGAAUGAGGAAAAUUUCACUUUGGAAGCAAAAUGAUUAGUGACUCUAAUAGUCAACUGCUCAGAUUAAUUCUACAUCCUUUCAGACUUCACUGCUAAAAUUUCUCUAAAGUAUUAAUUUUUUCAUCAUCAAUUGAUGUUUCCCCAGAGCUUUAUCUGCCAUCACCUUUGAAUCACUACAUAGUCACUGAUUUUUGCCUAAUUUUUAAAAAAGAUUUUAUUUAUUUAUUCAUGAGAGACACACAGAGAGAGGCAAAGACAUAGAGGGAGAUCACGCUCCCUGCAGGGAGCUCCAUGCGGGACUCAAUCCCAGGACCCCAGGAUCACGCCCUGACUCCAAGGCAGACGCUCUACCACUGAGCUACCCAGACGUCCCCUUUUUUCCUAGUUUUUAUUUAAAUUCCAAUUUGUUGGGACGCCUGGGUGGCUCAGUGGUUGAGCGUCUGCCUUCCGCGGCUCAAGGCAUUAUCCUGGUUUGGGAUGAGUCCCGCAUGGGGCUCCGGCUUCUCUCUCUACCUGUGUCUCUUCCUUUUUCUCUGUCUCUCAUAAAUAAAUAAAUAAAUAAAUAAAUAAAUAAAUAAAUAAAUAAAUAAAUAAAUAAAUAAAUUUAAAAAAACAGAUUUUAAAAGAUUUUAUUUAUUUAUUCAUGAAAGACACAGAGAGAGGCAGAGACAUAAGCAGGCUCCAUGCAGGAAGCCCAAUGCGGACCCAUUCCCGGGUCUCCAGGACCACGCCCUGGGCUGAAGGCAGACAUCCAACCGCUGAGCCACCCAGGCGCCCCAACAAAUGUUUUUUUUUAAAAAGAAUCUGUAUUCUGGUUUGCCUCUUUUCCCCCUACUAUGUUCAUGUGUUUUCUUUCUCUUUCUUUCUUUCUUUCUUUCUUUCUUUCUUUCUUUCUUUCUUUCUUUCUUUCUUUCUUUCUCUUUCUCUUUCUCUUUCUCUUUCUUCUUUCUCUUUUUUUUAUUCAUGAGAGACACACACAGAGAGAGGUAGAGACACAGGCAGAGGGAGAAGCAGGCUCUCCACAGGGAGCCCUAUGUGGGACUCAAUCCCAGGACCCCUGGAUCCUGCCCCAAGCUGAAGGCAGACGCUCAACCACUAAGCCACCCAGGUAUCCCUUGUGUUUGGUUUCUUAAGUUCCACGUGAGUGAAAUCAUAUGGUACAUGUCUUUCUCUGAGUAUUUCACUUAGAAUAAUACUUUCUAGUUCCACCCACAUCUUUGCAAAUGGGAAUAUGUCAUUCUUUUUUAUGGAUGAUUAAUAUUCUAUUGUAUAUGUAAAUACACAUUUUUUUAAGAUUUAUUUAUUUAUUCAUGAGAGACACGGAGAGAGAGGCAGAGAGAGAAGCAGGCUCCUCACAGGGACUUGAUCCCGGAUCCCAGGAUCAUACCCUGAGCUGAAGGCAGAUGCUCAGCCACUGAGCCACCCAGGCAUCCCUACCCCACAUGGACUUCUGAGCUCUUUCUAUAAUUAGGGUGUUGUUGAUAAUGCUGCUAUAAAUAUUGAGGUGCAUGUAUCUCUUCAAAUCAGCAUCUUUGUGUCCUUUGGGUAAAUACCAAGAAGUGCAAUUGCUGGAUCAUAGGAUAGUUCUAUUUUUAACUUUUUGAGGAAUCUCCAUACAGUAUUCCAGAAUGGCUGCACCAGUUUGCAUUCCUAUCAACAGUGUAAGAGGGUUCCCCACUCUCUGCAUCCCGACCAACACCUGUUGUUGCCUGUGCUAUUAAUUUUCGCCAUUCUGACUAGUGUGAGGUGAAAUGUCAUAGUAGUUUUGAUUUGUAUUUCUCUGAUGAUGAAAGAUGUUGAGCAUCUUUUCAUGUGUCUGUUAGGCAUCUGCAUGUCUUUUUUGGAAAAAUGCCUAUUUAUGUGUUCCACCCAUUUCUUUUUGGGUGUUAAGUUUAUAAAUUCUGUAUAUAUUUUGUUUUUUUUUUUUAAGACUUUAUUUAUUUAUUCAUGAGAGACACGGGGAGAGGGAGAAGCCGUCUCCGUGCAGGGAGUCCAAUAUGGGAUUCGAUCCUGGGACUCCAGAAUCACACCCUGGGCAGAUGGCAGGUGCUAAACCGCUGAGCCACCCAGGGAUUCCCCCCUAAAUUCUGUAUAUAUUUUGGAUACAAACCCUUUAUCAAGUAUGUCAUUUGCAGGAGCUUCUGAGUGGCUCAAUUAGUUGAGCAUCUGACUCUUGGUUUCAGUUCAGGUCACCAUCUCAGGGUCAUGACAUCAAGCUCUGUGUCAGACCCUGGACUCUGCUUGGAGUCCGCUUGAGAUUCUCUCCCUCUCCCUCUGCCCCUCUCACUCUCUCUGUCUCUCAAGUAAAAAAAAAAAAAAAAAAGGUAUGUCAUUUGCAAAUAUCUUCUCCCAAGAAGAAUUUGUUGACUAUUUCUUUCACUACGUAGAAGUUUUUUAUCUUGACAAAAUUCUGAUACUUCAUUUUUGCUUUUGUUUCCCUUGCUUCAGGAGACAUAUCUAGUGAGAAGUUGCUUCACCUCACAUCAAACAGGUUACUGCCUCUGUUCUCCUCUAGGGUUUUGAUGGUUUCUUAUCUCACAUUUAGGUAUUUCAUCCAUUUUUUAAUUUAUUUUUUGUGUAUGAUGUAAGAAAGCAGUCUAGUUUCAUUCUUUCACAUGUUGCCGUCCAGUUUUCCCAAUACCAUUUUUCUUAAAAAAUAAUUUAUUUAUUCAUGAAAGAAACAGACAGGCAGAGAGACAGGCAGAGGGAGAAGCAGGCUGCUUGUGGGGAACCUGAGGCCGGACUCGAUCCCAGGACCCCAGAAUCAUGACCUGAGCCAAAGGCAGAUGCUCAACCACUAAGCCACCCAGGCGUCCCCAAUACCAUUUCUUGAAGGGAUUGUCUUUUUUUUUUCCCAUUAAAUAUUCUUUCCUAAAAAAAAAAAAAAAAUUAUUUCCUGCUUUGUGGAAGAUUAGUUGACCAUAUAGAUGUGGGCUCAUUUCUGGGUUUUCUAUUCUGUUCCAUUGAUCUAUGUGUCUGUUUUUGUGCCAUUACCAUAUUGUUUGUUAAUCACUACAGCUUUGUAAUAGAACUUGAAUUCCAGAAUUGUGAUGCCUCCAUCUUUGCUUUUCUUUUUCAAGAUUACUUUGGCUCUUUGGGGAAUUUUGUGGUUCCCUAUAAAAUUUAGGAUGGUUUGUUCUAGCUCUGUGAAUAAUGCUGGUGGUGUUUUGAUAGGGCUUGCAUUAAAUGUAUAGAAUGUUUUGGGUAAUAUAGAUAUUUUAACAAUGUUUGUUCUUCUAAUCCAUGAACAUGGAAUGUUUUUCCAUUUCUUUGUGUUAUCUUCAAUUUUUUUAAUCAAUGCUUUAUGGUUUUCAGAGUACAGAUCUUUUACCUUUUUGGUUAGGUUUAUUCCUAGGUAUCUUAUGGUCAUUUGUGCAAUUGUAAAUGGCAUCAAUUUUUUUUCUCUUUCUGCUUCUUCAUGAUUGGUGGAUAAAAAUGCAAUAGAUUUCUGUAUGUUGAUUUUUUAUCCUGUGACUUUACUGAAUUCAUGUAUUAGUUCUAGGAAUUUUUUGGUGGAGUCUUUUGGGUUUUCUAUACAGAAUAUCAUGUCAUCUGCAAAUAGUGACUGUGUGACUUCUUCCUUGCCAGUUGUGGAUGGCUUUCAUUUUCAUUUGUUGUCUGAUUGCUGAGGCUAGGACUUCCAGGACUGUGUUAAAUAACAGUGGUAUGAGUGACCUUCCCUGUCUUGUUCCUGACUAUUGAGGAAGAGCUCUCAGUUUUUCCCCAAUGAGGAUGAUAUUAGCUGUGGGUCUUUCAUAUAUGGCCUUUAUGAUGUUGAGGUACGUUCCCUCUAUCUCCACUUUGAGGUGUUUUUUUUUUUUAAGAUUUUAUUUAUUCAUGAGAGAGAGAGAGGCAGACACAGGCAGAGGGAGAAGCAGACUCCGUGCAGGGGGCCUGAUGUGGGACUCGAUCCCAGGACCCCGGGAUCACGCCCUGAGCCAAAGGCAGAUGCUCAACAACUGAGCCACCCAGGUGCCCCGAGUGUUUUUUUUUUUAAAUCAUGAAUAGAUGUUGUACUUUGUCAAAUGCUUUUUCUGCAUCUAUUGAGAGGAUCAUAUGGUUCUCAUCCUUUCUUUUACAAAUGUGGUGCAUCACAUUGGUUGAUUUGCAAAUUUUGAAUCACCCUUGAAGUCUAGGAUAAAUCCCAAUUGAUCACGGUAAGUAAUUCUUUUAAUGUACUGUUUGCUUAGCUAGUAUUUUAUUGAAAUUUUUUAUAUUCAUGUGCACCAGGGAUAUUGGCCUGUAGUUGUCUUUUUUAGAGAAGUCUUUGUCUGGAUUUGGAAUCAGGGUAAUUCUGGCCUCAUAGAAUGAUUUUGGAAGUUUUCCUUCCAUUUCUAUUUUGUAGAACUCCUCUGUGAAGCCAUCUGUCCCUAGACUUUUGCUUGUUGGGAGAUUUUUGAUUACUGAUUCAAUUUCCUGGCUGGUUAUUGGUCAGUUCAAGUUUUUUAUUUCUUCCUGUUUCAGUUUUGGUAGUUUAUGUAUCUGUAGGAAUUUAUCCAUUUUUUUCCACAUUGUCCAAUGUGUUGUCAUAUAGAUUUUCAUAAUAUUCUGUUAUACUUGUUUGUAUUUCUGUGAUGCUGGUUGUUAUUUCUCCUCUUUCACUUGUGAUUUUACUUACCUGGGUCCUUUCCCUUUUCUUUUUGAACAGUCUGGCUAGCAGUUUAUCAAUUUUAUUAAUUUUUUCAAAGAACCAGAUCCUCAUUUCAAGAACCUAUUCUAAUGUUCUUUUAGUUUCUAUAUCAUUUAUUUCUGUUCUAAUCUUUAUUAUUUCCCUCCUUCUCCUGGCUCAGGGCUUCAUUUGUUGUUCUUUUCCUAGCUCCCUUAGGUGUAUGAUUAGAUUGUGUACUGAGAUUUUUUUUAAGAUUUUAUUUAUUAUUCAUGAGAGACACAGAGAGAGGCAGAGACAUAGGCAGAAGGAGAAGCAAGCUCCAUGCAAGAAGCCCGAUGUGGGACUUGAUCCUGGAACUCCGGAUCACACCCUGAGCGGAAAGCAGACGCUCAACCACUGAGCCACCCAGGCGUCCCUGUGUACUGAGAUUUUUCUUGCUUAACUGACUGCGCCACCCAGGUGACCCCCAGAGCAAAGGUUUCUAAUGUACAUUUCCUGAGUGUCUCUGCAGUGAGUGGAGGAGGCUAAAGAAUUAAAGGGCUAGGAUUCCAGGAUCUCCACUGCUGAGAAUGCCACACACUGAAGCCACCUAGCCACCUACUUCUUUGGCUUGAAACCGUAACUCAAGAAGGAGGCCAUUAGAUGCAGGAAGUUCCAAUGCUCUAGACACCUACAUAAGCAAACUGAAACUUCAAGUAAAUUAUUGUAAAUGCCUUAAGGGUAAGAGAUCAAAACCUAAGAACACCCAAUCACAAACAAGCAACUAGGCUUUCCUAAAUGAGGUGAUUCCUUAAGUUAUAGCCAAUCUUAUAACUUCUUUGCUUUGUUUCCCCUUUUUGUCUACAAUAGACUUAUCUCUAGUUUGGUUUGAUGCUGCCCAAUUGCAUUUGCUGUAUACUCAAACAUGCUGUUUGAAAUAUUAUUUUACCUCACUUUAUCUUUUAACAGAGCUAAUUUAUGUUUUUAAAGAUUUUAUUUAUUUAUUUGAUAGAGAGAGCACAAGCAGAAGUAGGAGAGGGAGAAACUGGCUCUCUGCUGAGCAGGGAACCUGGUGCAGAACUUGAUCCCAGGACCCUGGGAUCACUACCUGAGCCGAAGGCAGAUGCUUAACUGACUGAGCCACCCAGGGACCCCUAACAGAGUUAACUUAAAAAAACAAAACAAAACAAAGCACAAGGUUCACCCUUGCUCAGUAGUGCUUUUAUUUCUUAAAAAAGAUUUUUAUUUACUUGUUUAUUUUUUAAAGACUUAUUUGAGAGAGUUUAGUUUAAAGUUUAUUUGAGAGAGAUGGCCAUAGAUAGAGCACUAGCAGAGGGGGAAGGGCAAAGGGAGAGGAAAAAGCAGACUCUUUGCCCAGCAGGGAGCCUGAUGUGAGGCCCCAUCCCCGACCCUGGAUCAUGACCUGAGCCAAUUGGCAGAAACUUAACCAACGGGGCUACCUUGGUGCCCUAAAAGAUUUUAUUUUUAAGUAAUCUCUAUACCCAAUGUGGGUUCUGAACUUAAAACCCUGAGAUCAAGUUGGUCUAUCAACUGAGCCAGGCAGCGCCCCUCAGUGCUGCUCUUAUUAAGGAAAGCUUUCUCACUGCCCAGUGUAGUAUUCCAUCCAAUCCCCUUGUAUGACAAAAUCAUGACCUCUCCUUGUUUCCAUUGCACCUGCCACAUUCUAACAUGCAACAUAAUUUAGUAGUUCUGCUUUCAGGUUUCCUCUAUUUUCCUUGAACCUAAGAAAUGCCACAUGAAUGCAGGACUGCUUGUCUUAUGCCUGCAUUUUUCCCAUACACCUACCAAAAGUUCCUGAAAACCCAGUAUGUGUUCAAUUCACAUUUGGUAGAACAGUGAAUAAAUACGACAUUUCAACUUCUCCCUUAUUUUAACUACCCCAGGUACUGUAAAUUUCCUCUUUAAGUCUCUAUCCAAAGUGGUGUGAAAAUUAGUAAAGGAAACCACUAGUAGUAGUGGAGUACCUUUCCAUUAGUAAAGGAAAGGUAAUGUGGAGUCAGGAGAUCCUAAAAGAGGUUGCUGGUGGGACAUAUAUAAUCACGAGGAAAAAAUACAAUUUUAAUCUUGACAAGGGAGGAUGCUUUGUGGUACGAAUUUAAUAUCCUGCUUUUAACAAAAAAGAUGCUCUGUCCUUAAAUCAGCAAUGAUGUACUAACCAUGACAUGCAGUAAAUGAAACACUGCCACACUCUCAAAAUUUUGUUCUUCAAUGACUUUUAUUGAAAGACACCCUCUCAAAUCUCCUAAGACCUAAUAAAAGCUGGCUUUACCUUUGUCUCUUUAGAUUUGCUUGUGAUUUACCAUAGUGUGGUUAUCUAGGUUGAAAUUCCUCUGUUAUUCUUGAAUAAGCUUAAUUUACUAGCAAAUUAACUGCUAUUAUUUUUAAGAUUGACAGUAGUAUUUCUCAGUGUUUUCAGGAAUAAAAAAAAUCACGUUUUUGAGAUAAAAGCCUCAGAAUAACCAAACACAUUAGUCCAGCACAGUUUGAUUCUCUCUCUUCUCAGACUCUUAGAGCCUUCUUCUAAAAGUUCUGAGGUUGUCACUCUUUUUUAACCUUUACUGAUGUGUGGGGAGAUGGAACAUGGGUUUUCUAAGAGCUAUUCUUCCACUAAAUAGCUGAAAUGGGUAUUUCACCACUGUUUUUCCGAUAUAAUUUCAAAUACUGAAGCAACAGUACUGCUAGGGCCUGAAGAAAGAAGAAUCAUUCCCAGCAAGGAGAUGAGAUCACUGGGUUAAGAUAACCCUUUAUUUCAGGGCUCAGAUUGUCUCUGCACACAUGCGCCAAAUGAAAAUGACAAUAUCUGUUCUGUACCCAAAACAGCAUCAGUUAAGCUCCUUUGUGUUUGAGAUGAUGUCAGAUUCGUAAAAGAUAUUGAGGAUACCUGAGAAUAUAGAGUAAGAAAUAUAUGGGUAGGGGCUUGUGGGUGGCUUGGCUGAUUGGGUAUCGGCCUUUGGCUCAGGUCAUGAUCUCAGGGUCCUGGGACCCAGUCCCUCAUCAGGCUCUCUGCUUAGCAAAAAGCCUUCUCCCUCUCCCUCUGCUGGUGUUCUUUCUCUCUUUCUCUCAAAUACAUAAAUAAAAUUUUUUUAAAAAGAAAUAUAUGGAUACAAGUGUUCCUCAAUAGAUGGGACACAAUCACUAUACAGGCAAGAGAGGACUAGUGUGGAGCCAGAAGCCGAACCUGUCACUGACCACUUCAUUCAGGGUGGCCUAACAUUCCUGCUCUUCUUCAAUAUCAGAGAAAUAUAUGGGGUGUGAAAAAGGAAACCACAGGCCCCAAAUGGAGUCACUUCUGCUAGGCCAUGCCACCAAACCAGCAAGUAAUUCCAAAGCUCAAUGCAUUUUCAAACUCCCUCAGAAAUUUAGUUCCAAGCUCAGUAAGGGAUUUUCUGGUCAGUACCAAAAAGGUACUCUGCCACAUAUAUAGGCCAUCUCAAUUCCCCAAAGAAAUAUGAGGGACUCUCCUAAUAAGACUCUUUUGUCCCCACAAUAAGGUGAUCUUACCUGACAUAAUCCUUUGUUCUGUUUAUGACAUUUAGGUCCUAUCUUUAAAAACCUUCCCUUUCUGUAGCGCUUUGGAGCUGCCCUCUACUUGCUAGAUGAGAUGCUGCCCAAGUCACAAAUCACUGACUAAAGCCUAUAGACCUUAACAAUGUCUUAGACUUAAUUUUAAACGGACUUUUGUGGAACGCCUGGGUGGCUAGGCAGUUGAGCAUCUGCUUUGGCUCAGGGCAUGAUCCCGGAGCCCAGGAUCUAGUCCUAUAUCCGGUUUAUGUCUGGGGCCUGCUUCUCCCUCUCCUAUGUCUCUGCCUCUCUCUCUGUGUGUCUCGCAUGAAUAAAUAAAAUAUUUUUAAAAAACAAAAACAGGGAAUUUUGUAUUCGUCCUAACCAAUUCCAAAACUGACUAACGUUUCGGGAUACAUGCAUUGAUGAGCAACAUCUUUCAACUAUGUACAUUCAUUAUAUAUCUGGAGUGCUGUACGAAAUGACAUGUAAUUUACCUAAGUAAAAGGAUUUGAGAGCACCUAAAAUAAUAGUGUCUUGGAAGCUGACUGGACUUCCUGGAGUCUAAAAUUAUGACCUUUCUCCGCCUUUAUUUAUUUUUAAAGUUUUUAUUUACUUAUUAUUGAGAAACACGGGGGGGCUGGGGCGCAGAGACACAGGCAGACGAAGAAGCAGGCUCCCUGCAGGGAGGCUGACCUGGGACGAAGAAGCAGGCUCCCUGCAGGGAGGCUGACCUGGGACUCGACCCCGGUUCUCCAGGAUCAGGCCCUGGGCUAGAAAGAGGGACUAAACCGCCGAGCCACCCAGGCCGCCCCUUUAUCCGCCCUUAACAGGAAGUGAUGACAGUGCCUCUGGGUAGGAGCAGCACUUUCCAAAGGCCCCAGGAUGCCACGUGACCUCCGCUCCAGUAUUCCUGGGUGGAGGACGCCCUACUGGAGGCUGCCCUACCUCUGGAAACCACACUACCGGGAAGAGCCUGGGCACGGCGCAGCGAGGAGCCAAUGAGGGAACACAAUGCCGCGUUUCUAGGCGGGCGCCAUCCUAGGGGGCGGGACUUCCGGCCUCAUCUCACUGUAAAUACUUUUCCUCUGGUUGGGUCUGUUUAUCCCCCAAGGGGUCGGGCACAGAGUCGGGGUGACUAGUCGUGAAGACGCAGAGGGACCCACUGUCCUCGCCAGGCACACGGAGGCCCGGGCCCACUCCGAGUCCGAUGGCUGCGACCGCGCCCAGGACCCCGGCGCAGGGUGGCGUGACCUUUGAGGACAUUGCCGUGUACUUCUCCUGGAAGGAGUGGAGACUUCUGGAUGAGGCUCAGAGACGGCUGUACCACCAUGUGAUGCUGGAGAACUUUACACUUAUAUCCUCACUGGGUUGCUGCUGUGGAGCAGAGGCUGCGGAGGCACCCACUGAACAGAGUGCUUCUGGAGGUGUGUCACAGACCAGGACGCCCAGGAUAGCUCUGACUUCCCGGAUGACCCACCCCUGUGAGAUGUGUAGUCUUGUCUUGAGAGACAUUUUCCACUUGGCUGAGGAGCAAGGAAAAGAAAACAGCCAGAAACUGUUAAGGUGUGGGGCAUGUGGGAAACGAUUUUAUUUUAGUAUACGGUUUAAACAGCAGCAGGAGCAGCACGGGGCUGAAAAACCAUUCAGAAACCGUGUAGACAGGGUCUCUGUUGUGAAGAGCUGGGGACUCCACAAUUCUGGAAAGCCCUUUACCUGUGGGGAAGUUCAGAAAGAUUUUCUGUCUGGUUCGGGGCAUCUGCAGCAAGAGGCCACUGAGAGUAGGGAGAAGCCAAACACAAUCAUCCAGUGCAGAGCAACUUUACAAAGCAGAAAAAGUCAUUAUCCUUGGGGAGAAUGCAAGAAUGCCUUUGGUCCCCAACAUUCACAUAUUCAGGACCAGGGUGUUCACCUUGGAAGACAGUGCUUUAUGUGCAGUGACUGUGGGAAGUCUUUUAGCACUCAUACUGCUCUCCAUUAUCACCAGAGAGUUCACACUGGAGAGAGGCCUUAUGAGUGCAGUGAGUGUGGCAAGUCCUUUACCCGAAGACAUAGCCUCAAUGUGCACCUAAAGGUUCACUCAGGUGAAAGGCCUUAUAAGUGUAAUGAAUGUGGGAAAUCUUUUAUUUGUAGGUAUGAACUCCAGUAUCAUCAUAGAAGUCAUUCUGGAGAAAAACCUUAUGAGUGUAGUGAAUGUGGAAAAUCUUUUACCUCUAGCUCUGCCCUCAGUUAUCAUCAGAGAUCUCACAGAGGAGAAAGACCUUAUGAGUGCAAUGAAUGUGGGAAAUCUUUUACUUCUGGGUCUUCCCUCAGGUACCAUCAGAGAGGUCACACGGGAGAAAGGCCUUAUGAGUGCAGUGAAUGUGGGAAAUCCUUUAGACAAAAAUAUUCCCUCUCAAUACACCAGAAAAUUCAUAGUAGAGGAAGCCCUUAUAAAUGCAACAAAUGUGGGAAAUCUUUUUCUUGUAGUUCCAGUUUCCAUUAUCAUCAGAGAAUUCACACAGGAGAAAGGCCUUAUGAGUGCAGUGAGUGUGGAAAAUCUUUUAUCAGUAGCACUGCCCUCCAUUAUCAUCAGAGAAUUCACACUGGAGAAAGGCCUCAUGAGUGCAGUGACUGUGGGAAAUCUUUCAGCACUCAUAGUGCUCUUCGAUAUCAUCACAGAGUUCACACUGGAGAGAGGCCUCAUGAGUGCAGUGAAUGUGGCAAGUCCUUUACCCGAAGAAAUAGCCUCAAUAUGCACCUCAAAGUUCAUUCAAGUGAAAGGUUUUAUGAGUGUAAUGAAUGUGGGAAAUCUUUUAUUUGUAGGUAUGAACUCCAGUAUCAUAACAGAGUUCAUUCUGGAGAAAAACCUUUUGAGUGCAAUGAAUGUGGAAAAUCUUUUACCUCUAGCUCUGCCCUCACUUAUCAUCAGAGAUCUCACAGAGGAGAAAGGCCUUAUGAGUGUAGUGAAUGUGGGAAAUCUUUUACUUCUGGGUCUUCCCUCAGGUACCAUCAGAGAGGUCACACAGGAGAAAGGCCUUAUCAGUGCAGUGAAUGUGGGAAAUCCUUUAGGCAAAAACAUUCCCUCUCAAUACAUCAGAGAAUUCAUAAUGGUGGAAGCCCUUACCAAUGCGACAAAUGUGGGAAAUCUUUUACUUUUAGUUCCAGUUUCCAUUAUCAUCAGAGAAUUCACACAGGAGAAAGGCCUUAUGAAUGCAAUGAGUGUGGAAAAUCUUUUAUCAGUAGCACUGCCCUCCAUUAUCAUCACAGAGUUCAUACUGGAGAAAGGCCUCAUGAGUGCAGUGAAUGUGGGAAGUCCUUUAUCCAAACAUCUUCCCUCUCAGUACACCAGAGACUUCAUAAGAGAGAAAGGCCUUACGAAUGCAGUGAAUGUGGUAAAUCCUUUACCUAUAGUUCCAGUUUCCAUUAUCAUCAAAAAGUUCACACUGGAGAAAGGCCACAUGAGUGCAGUGAAUGUGGGAAGUCCUUUAUCACUCGUACUGCUCUCUGUUACCAUCACAGGGUUCACACUGGAGAACGGCUUAUGAGUGCAGUGAAUGUGGGAAAUCGUUUAGGGGAAAAUCUAACCUCUCUCAACAUUGGAAAGUUCACACUAGAGAAAGGCAUAAUUGUAUAAUGAAUAUGCAAUUUCCUUAUUCAGUGUAAUGACACUGGUGAAACUCUCUGAGGAGGCAUUUGCCUGAUUUGAAUCUUUUACAGUUGGAGAUUCCUUACAAUUUCAGUUAUGUUGGAAUAUAUGUGGCUAAGUUGCAUUUUCUAACUUGUCCAGAGAUCCCUCUAAAUUUAUGUAACUGACAGUUCAGUGACUAUUUCACCUCUGCCAGCUGGUAGGUCCACACAGUGCACAUCUGUCCUCACCCCAGUGUACUCCUUGUACUCAGGCUGACCUCUGUUCUCAUGAAUUGCAGCAGAUUAGCAGUAACCUGAGGCCUUAGGGGUCAGCUUUCCUUCUUCCUUGAAUACCUUCAAGGCAUGGACCUAAAUCAGUGAUGAUCCAGAGAAUAUCAUGAGUUUGGCUGGCAGUUUACAGAGAAUGACUACGUUUUUGAGAGAUACCUUGGUCUUAUGUGAUGCUUGUGAUGAGUUUCUCCAGCUUCCAGGUCACAGAACGGAGAACUAUCUGCUGCACGUUGAUUUGGCCGACAUGGUAAUCAAGGCCUUACUGUUUAAGUCCUUUUUGAUUUUGAAUUUCUACUUACUGUACAGGCUAAUUUAUAAAGAGACGUGGGCUCAUCAGUCAUCAGAGGCUCACCUUUUUAGGAAUCUCCAAUUAUCUGUGCCUGUGGAGGGAGAGGAGGAAGGCAGAAAACAGCUUGCCAGGUUUUUGUUUUGUUUUGGUUUGGUUUGGUUUUUUUUUUUUUUUUUUUAAGUAAACUUUGUGUCCAACUUGGGACUCAAACUCAAAACCUCAUGAAUCACAGGCUCAGGCAGCCUGGGUGGCUCAGCGGUUUAGCACUUGCCUUUGGCCCAGGGCAUGAUCCUGGAGUCCUGGGAUCGAGUCCCACGUUGGGCUCCCUGCAUGGAGCCUGCUUCUCCCUCUGCCUUGUGUCUCUGCCUCUUUCUCUCUGGAUCUCUCGUGAAUAAAUAAAUAAAAUAUUAAAAAAAAAAGAAAAAGAAUCACAGGCUCUACUGACUGAGCCAGCCAGAUGUUUCAGUAAGCAGCCUGCCAGUUUUGACUAAAUUUGCAUUGCUGCCCCACAGCCUCCUAUGCAGGGCUUUCUGGUUUUCUUUUGAGGCCUGGAUGCCAUGUGAUUUUAGGAUCCUCAGUGAUGACCCCAAGGAGGGGGCAAGUGUGAGAUCCUCAGAUGCUUCUGCAAGCAGCAUGAAUUUUUCCCCAUACUCAAAAGAGAUCUCACAGGGGAUGUCAGCACCAUUGAGGUGGUAUCUUCCCAUGUCUACAAACAGCUAUGUGCUCUGAUGUCCACAGUUCACUAGGCUAGGGUCUCUGGUUCUAAGACCACAGGGGGCAGGGGGAAACUGUAACUGGUACAGAAACACUGGCUUAAUAGGAAAUGGAGGAGACUGCAGCCAACUGGAUGCAGUGUGCCUCUUCUAAAAGUGCAUCCGAACACGUUUCUGUGGCAGUGACUCUGCAGGAUUAGUGUGUGCACAAAUCUUAGGAGGUAUAGGUGUGCGUUUCUUAUGUAGCUGAAGUCAUUGUCAGAUAAAAUAAUUGAAAGCUAGACUUUACAAAUGGCAAAAAUAAUAAUAAUAAUAAUAAUAAUAAUAAUAAUAAUAAUUGAAAGCUAUUGAUUCCUUUACCCCCCUCAUUGUUUACCACUUCAAAGCCAUUACUGCACAGAGAGGAAAACAAGAUAUUAAAGGAGGUGGAGGGGGCGCCUGGGUGACUCAGUGGUUGAGCGCCGGCCUUCGGCCCAGGAUAUGAUCCUGGAGACCCAGGAUCGAGUCCCACAUGCAGGGAGCCCGUUUUCCCCUUUGCCUCUCACUCUCUGUGUGUCUCAUGAAUAAAUAAAUAAAAUCUUAAAAAAUAAAUAAAUAAAAAUAAAAGGGGUGGAGGAAUCUGUAGUUUUUUGAUGUGGCUCUUAAGACCCAGGCACUGUUCCUGUUGGCUCUGGUGGAAAUGUCCUUCACUGCUCCCGGUAUUUGCAGACACCGAGGUAAGACUGACCCCUAGAGGACAUGGGAACAGGUGGGACUGUCAGUAUAGGGUUGCCAAACAUAUUUUUGAGCCGAUUUUUAAAACUAUAAAGGUUUAAUUUACAGAUGUUAAUAAACUGCGUGUUUAUAAAUGUACAAUUUGAUAAGUUUUGACAAGCAUAUGAAUCUCUGAAAACCAUCAUAACCUUGAUAAUGACUAUAUAUGUCAUGGUAUAUUUACCUCCUGCCCUAUUACAGACUCUCCUUACGCUACCCACCUCUUGGUAACCAUUGUACUUUGUUUUGCAAUGGAAGCCAUCACAUUUUUUAUUUAUAUGUUUGGAAUCAAACUGUUUACUCUUUUUUUCCUGAUUUCCUUUGUGUUUUAUAAUUACUUUGACUUUCAUCAAUGAUAUUAUGAGUAGCUCACUUUUCUAACAUUCUUAUGUUUGGGUAUGCUACUGUUACUUUAUUCAUCCUUUUUAUGGGCUUUUAGGUUAUUUCUAGAUUUGCCUAUUGAAAAUAAAGCACUCAACAAACA